AUGGCUUCUUGCUUAAAGAAGGUGGUGUUUUUGCUGCUCUUGAGCUCUUUGGCAACCCAGCAGCAUUUAUGCACUGCUGAUCCCACUGAUGGCUUCACCAGUGUGGAAUUCACGGACGAAAACCGCAUGUUACAGAAACCCUAUGACAAAGCUCCUGAGGAUCGUUACAGUAAGGUGGACGGAGUUGAAAAGUUCUGGAUCUACACCAAUGACAAGCCCUUUAAAGAAGGCAGUCCAACCAGACCACGCACAGAAAUAAGAAUCACUGGACAUGACUACACUUCUGGAGUUUGGCAAUUUGAAGGCAACUUUUUUGUGCCACAAGGCACCUCGGGGGCUAUAAUAAUGCAGGUCUUUGGUGCAGCCAAUGAAGCUACAACUCUGCAACUAAGGGUCAUUAAUGAGGAUUUGAAGUACUAUGGGAACAUUGUGGUGGCUGCUAAUAUCUACAGUAGAUGGGUUAGACUGAAUGUGAUUCACAAUGUUGGUGCAGGGAAAGUGACAAUGUUUAUCGACAGUGACCAGAAGUUAGUCGUUAACGAUCACGGUCGAGCUACUUUUUACUUCAAAUAUGGAGUUUAUGGUGCCUUAUCUGGUUCAAGUAACUACAUGGAAUCAAGAUGGAAGGGAAUCAAACUUUUCAAAAAAUGA